AUGGGAUCUCUCGUGUCUGAAGGAAACCUCCUCCUGCUGCUGUGUGCCAGCAUCUUCCCCGCCCUUGGCCACGUGGAAACGCGAGCCCACGCGGAGGAGCGUCUGCUGAAGAAGCUCUUCUCUGGCUAUAACAAGUGGUCCCGGCCCGUCGCCAACAUCUCUGAUGUGGUCCUGGUCCGCUUUGGCCUGUCCAUUGCACAGCUCAUCGACGUUGAUGAGAAAAAUCAAAUGAUGACCACGAAUGUGUGGGUGAAGCAGGAGUGGCACGACUACAAGCUGCGCUGGGACCCCCAGGAGUACGAGAACGUCACUUCCAUCCGCAUCCCCUCAGAGCUCAUCUGGAGGCCAGACAUUGUUCUCUACAACAAUGCUGAUGGUGACUUUGCAGUCACUCACCUGACCAAGGCUCACCUCUUCUAUGAUGGGAGAAUUAAAUGGAUGCCACCUGCUAUCUAUAAAAGCUCCUGCAGCAUCGAUGUUACCUUCUUCCCCUUUGACCAGCAAAACUGCACAAUGAAGUUUGGCUCCUGGACUUAUGACAAAGCCAAGAUAGACCUGGUAAGCAUGCAUAGUCACGUGGACCAACUGGACUACUGGGAGAGUGGAGAAUGGAUCAUCAUCAACGCUGUGGGCAAUUACAACAGCAAGAAAUAUGAAUGCUGCACGGAGAUCUACCCUGACAUCACUUACUCCUUCAUUAUCCGGAGGCUGCCACUGUUCUACACAAUCAACCUGAUCAUCCCUUGCCUGCUGAUCUCCUGCCUGACUGUCCUGGUCUUCUACUUGCCCUCUGAGUGUGGAGAGAAGAUCACCUUGUGCAUCUCUGUGCUGCUGUCCCUCACUGUGUUCCUGCUGCUCAUCACAGAGAUCAUCCCAUCUACCUCCUUGGUCAUCCCUCUGAUUGGAGAGUAUCUUCUCUUCACCAUGAUCUUUGUUACUUUGUCUAUCAUCAUUACUGUCUUUGUGCUCAAUGUGCACCAUCGCUCCCCACGCACCCACACAAUGCCUGACUGGGUGAGGAGGAUCUUCCUUGACAUAGUCCCACGCCUGCUCUUCAUGAAACGUCCCUCCACAGUGAAAGACAACUGCAAGAAGCUCAUUGAAUCCAUGCACAAAAUCUCCAAUACACCAAGGCUUUGGUCCGAGAUCGAUGUGGACCCCAACUUCACUCCCUCAUCUUCCCCCAGCCCCCAGAGUAAUGAACCAUCACCCACCACUUCCUUCUGUGCCCAUCUUGAGGAUCCCACCAAACCUCAGCCUAUCUGCAAGUCCCCUUCUGGCCAGUAUACUGUGCUGCACCCAGAUCCUAUGCAAGUGACCUGCUCCUCUCCACAACCCUCAUGCCAUCCCCUGAGGGACACCCAGACCACUUCCACCUUGAAAGGUAGAUCACUAAGUGUUCAGCAGAUGUACAGCCCCAACAAGGCAGAGGAGGGGAGCAUCCGCUGUAGGUCCCGGAGCAUCCAGUACUGCUACCUGCAGGAGGACUCCUCCCAGACCAAUGGCCAAUCCUCCGGCUCCCCAGCAUCUCAGAGGUGUCACCUCAAUGAGGAGCAGCCCCAGCACAAGCCCCCUCAGUGCAAGUGCAAGUGCAAGUGCAAGAAGAGCGAGGCAGCUGGCCCAGCAGCUCCAGGGAGCAAGGCUCACAGCAGCAAAGAGCAGCACCUGGUGCUGAUGUCCCCAGCCCUGAAGCUGGCAGUGGAAGGGGUGCACUACAUCGCUGACCACAUGCAGGCAGAGGAUGCGGAUUUCUCGGUGAAGGAAGACUGGAAGUACGUCGCGAUGGUCAUUGACAGGAUCUUCCUCUGGAUGUUCAUCAUUGUGUGUUUGCUGGGAACUGUUGGCCUCUUCCUUCCACCAUGGUUGGCAGGAAUGAUCUGA